UCUCUGUGGCUUUCCUGUUGGUCUCCUUUUCCACCACCCGAUUUAAACCCCAAAAUAUCCACCCUCUUCUUUCCCACAUCUCCUUUCUCAUUCAAUAUUUGCAGCUCUCUCUGUCUUUCUCUCAUUCACUCAUUCUCUGCGGUUAACAUGGAAUACAAGGAGGAGUACCAGCAGGCUCUAGCGCCCCAGUACGAGUGUCUUCUCUUUGAUGUUGAUGACACCCUUUAUCCCCUGAGCUCUGGUCUGUCCAAAGCAUGCACAAAGAAUAUUGAAGAGUAUAUGGUUCAAAAGCUUGGGAUAGAAGAAGAGAAAGUCCCUGAGAUGAAUCGUAUGUUAUACAAGAAUUAUGGAACAACAAUGGCGGGUCUUAAGGCAAUUGGCUACGACUUUGACAAUGAUGACUAUCAUAGAUUUGUUCAUGGGAGAUUGCCCUAUGAUGCACUAAAACCUGACCAUGUUCUGAGGAGUCUGUUGCUUAGCAUGCCUUUUAGGAAAGUUAUUUUCUCAAAUGCGGAUAAGGGGCAUGUUGCCAAAGCUCUUAGCAGGCUUGGAUUGGAAGACUGCUUCGAUCUGGUUAUAAGCUUUGAGACUCUGAAUCCGACCACCAACGAGAAUGAUAAUGCCUAUGAUAACGUUGUUCACAUUCCUUGUCAACCCAAUUCUACCUCGGAGCUUCCCAUGUCUCCAGUCAUUUGCAAACCAUUUGAAAAUGCAUUUAUACAAGCAUUCAAGGCAGGCAGCAUCAAUCCUCAAAGAACACUUUUCUUCGAUGAUAGUAUCCGAAAUAUACAAUGUGGGAAGCGUAUGGGGCUUCACACAGUGCAUGUGGGCACAUCUCAUCGUGGAAAUGGUGUAGAUUAUGCUUUAGAGAGCAUCCACAAUAUUAGAGAAGCAUUGCCGGUGCUAUGGGAAGCCAUUAAUGAAGAGUCAGGAAGCAUAGAGUAUCCAAGGAAGAUGGCAAUUGAGACUUCAGUGAAAGCCUAGCAUAUAUGAUCAGGGAGAUCAGAUCACUAAUGUAUGUUUAUUGGCAUUUCAGCAAUAAUGCCAGAUUUGUAUUAAUUACUUUUUGGUACUGGACUUGUAUGAUCCCUAUCUCUAAUGAUGAUCUAUGCAUUAAUUCUCUUUCUUAA